UAAAGUCCCUCCCUCGCACAGCAGCUGUAAAUAUGAGUGAAUCAGUUGAGGAGCUCAGAGAGAAAAUGGCUUUUGUCGAGUCUCUGCUGCAGUUUCCCAGCACAGGUACAUUACUGGGAACUUUGCUUUUGCUUCUGGUUUUGUAUUUGCUUUCUUCUGGAUCCAAAUCUCAGAAAGGAGGGAAAGAGCCACCGGGACCAAAACCGCUUCCACUGGUGGGGAACCUGCUGACCCUUGACCUAAAAAGACCCUUUGACACUUUUUUUGAGCUCUCUAAAACCUACGGGAACAUAUUCCAAGUCUUUCUGGGUCCCAAACAAACCGUGGUCCUAGUUGGAUACAAAACCGUCAAAGAAGCUCUUGUGAACCAUGCAGAAGAGUUCGGUGACAGAGAUACUAGAGCUGGGUACAGGACGGUGAAGCACGAGCACGGGAUCAUAUUUUCCAAUGGAGAGAACUGGAAAGAGAUGAGACGCUUCACUCUCAGCAACCUGAGGGACCUUGGGAUGGGAAAGAGAGGAAGUGAAGAGAAAAUCAUAGAGGAAAUUCAGUAUCUGAAAGGAGAGUUUGAUAAGUUUGAAGGAAAACCCUUCGACACGACACAGCCUGUGAACUACGCCGUGUCAAACGUCAUCUCAUCUAUCGUGUACGGCAGCAGAUUUGAAUACACAGACCCCCAGUUCACUGAAAUGGUCGACAGAGCAAACGAGACUGUUCAUGUUGCUGGAUCGACUUCUAUAAUGCUGUACAACGUAGUCCCAUGGUUGGGUCCGUUCAUAAAAAACAAAAAGACUAUUUUGAACAAUACUCUAAAAAGUAGACAACAUAUGAAGAAGCUGAUCAAUGGGCUUCAGGACACUCUGAAUCCACACGACAGCAGAGGAUUUGUCGACUCUUUUCUCAUCCGUAAACAGAACGAUGAGAAAUCUGGCAAGAAGGACUCAUAUUUUCAUCAGGACAAUCUUAUGGUGACGUUGUCAAAUCUGUUUGUCGCUGGUACUGACACCACAGGAACGACUCUGCGCUGGGGUCUGAUGCUCAUGGCCAAAUACCCUCAUAUACAGGAUGGAGUCCAGGAGGAGAUUGACCGAGUGAUCGGUGGACGUCAGCCGGUGGUGGAAGACAGAAAGAAGUUACCGUAUACAGACGCUGUGAUCCAUGAAACUCAGAGACUGGCAAACAUAGUACCCUUGAGUCUCCCUCAUAUAACCACCUGUGACGUUACCUUCAACGGUUACUUCAUCAAGAAGGGCACCACUGUUAUUCCUCUGCUGACGUCUGUUUUGAAGGAUCCAAGCGAAUGGGAAAAACCAAACACCUUUUAUCCAGAACACUUCCUUGAUGAGAAGGGACAGUUUGUCAAGAGAGACGCUUUCAUGCCCUUUUCUGCAGGACGGCGGGUUUGUCUUGGAGAGAGUUUGGCCAGGAUGGAGCUCUUCCUGUUCUUCACGUCUCUUCUUCAGAGCUACCGCUUCACGACUCCACCUGGAGUGUCUGGAGAUGAUCUGGAUCUCAAAGGAGUAGUUGAGUCACACUGAAUCCAUCCCCACACAAACUGUGUGCGAUCAGACGCUUGUAAAUGAAGAAAAUACUGAUUGUAAAAGAAAGUAAAUAUAUAUGUGAAUAAUGAAUAAUGAGCGAUGUGUGAUGUCCUGCAAUUUUUCAAGCUAAAUCCCUGCUGCCUGAUUUUGCAAAGUGGUGUGUCUUUUCAUACUAUUUUGAAGGGGUCAUGACAUUGGAAAUUAAACGAUGAGAAAUCAGUGAUGAUGCAGAAGGGCCCUUUGAAGGGAUUAGGGCAUGGAGAUGAGACCUUCUGAAUGGAAAGCAGAGUAGGUCUCUUCAGGAAAGUAAUAGAAAUGACCUGAUCAGUGGGUGAGGCCAAAACAGAGGGUUGUUUUCUAGAUUAAGUGACUUUAUAGUGAUGCUAGCAUUAAUGUUGGAGUCAGGCAAGGAAGGUAAUUUUUAUAUCAUGAUUUAGAAACACCCAGCAGUUUGAAAACGCUCAUAAAAAGUCAGAAAUGCUCACUUUUGCUCUGCAGAGACUUCAGGUCGAAACAAGAAUAAAGGCUAAAAAUAAUCAUUUUUCCAAAUAUUUUUUUUUUGUGAACUUGAAGUAACCUGUAGUAAACUUGAAGGAACAUAUUAAAGUAAUAUAAUAAUAAGUGAUAUCUUAAUUAUGAACACACUGUUUUGUAGCGCAAACAGUUUUACAAUUUCCUUCACUUUACACUUCUCGCCAUUUCUCUACAGCGUUUAAAAAUAAGGAGAAAUUCCCCAAAGAACUAAAGAACUAAAAUAAGUGAAACGCUAAGGUUAUUGCUGGAUUAUGCAUCAAUGAAGGAUGUCGUUACUCAAAUAUUGAAAUUGGUAUUUAAAUAAAGCAUAAUAGACACACUGGCAGGAAACGUGUGAAGAAUCAAGUGUUUAUUUGUAUAGAGAUUUAUUUGAGGAAGAAAAAUGCAUUUUUGUUAUUUACUUAAGAAAUGAAACAUGUUUUAAGGCGAA